UUGUAGCCCAGGCUGGCCUCAAACUCACAGAGAUCCGCCUGCCUCUGCCUCCCGAGUGCUGGGAUUAAAGGCAUGCACCACCACCGCCCGGCUUUGUUUGAUAUUUUUAAAAGGAUUUUGUGUGUGUGCGUGCCCAUGCACAUACCUAUUUGUGCCUUUGGACAUGGCUGCAGGUAUCCAAGGAGGCCAAAAGAGAGUAUCAGAUUCCUUGGAGCUGGUGGUUGUGAGCCUCUGAAUGCGAAACUAGGAACUGGACUCAGCAAGGUCCCGUCAGAACAGCAAGAUCCCCUCAGAACAGCAAGAUCCCUAACAACAGAGCCAUCUUUCCAGCCCCUUGUUUUUGUUAAGUCAGGAUCUUGCUACCAUAGCUCAGGCUGGCCUUGAACUAACAAUCUUCCUGCAUUGUCCUCACAAGUAUUGGAAUUGUAGAUGAGGAUUUUGCUGCAGGGCUUUGUCAGACCUCACUGGGGAAAGCUACUCUUGGAAGUAGUGGGUGAGAUGAGGCAUGAUCUGCUCUCCAUUCUUCACUGAGCUAGGUGCCUGCUGGGACCCAUUAAACGCUUCCUUACCAUUUCUCCUAAGUGCCUUGGGACGGAUCCUCCACUCUCUGUAAGUGCCUUGGGACGGAUCUACCCCUCCCGCAGAAAGACUGAAGCACAGAGCUGGCAGGGCCAGGAUAGGAGCUCAUGAGUCUGAGUGAGACAUUGUUGGCUCCGGGCUCUAAUCUCAGGGAAGUGUUAGCAAAAUGGAAGGAGGGAUGGGUGCCACACAAGCCCAGGCUCCUGGACCCUGGGGCAGGCCCAGACGUCUGAGCUAGGGCUCAGACAUUCUAAAUGCCCAGAGCCAGGUCUCAGCUGUGUUAAGUUUCUAACCGUAUGACUCAACAGGGCUCUCUACUCUUAGAACUCAACUCAUCCUCAUCUAUAAAAUGGGGUCAGUGGUUCCUGUUUGAGGCAGUGUGAGAAUUAUGUAAGUGCCACACCCAGCUGGCUGGCUCUGAGACGACUCAGAUUUAGGGAAGACUGAUCAGAUCAGGUUCGGAUCAGUCCUCAUGGACCCCAUGAGCUAGUCCUAUUUUUACCUCCAUUUUUCAGGUGAGAAAACUGAGGUUCUGAGGUCAGUUGUACAAAAGUCACAUCAGCCAGGAAGUGGUGGCAGCUAGAGUUGAAGCUGGACCUUCAGAGUCUACUUAGUUCCACUGAAGCGCGGUUACUAUGGACCUGCUUUCUUGUGGUGUUGAUGUAACAAUGAACUGCUAUAUAAAAAAGGUUAGGAUGCUGUGAUUUUGGCAGGUACUUAAUAGAUGUGAGCUGUCUUUUUUUUUUUUUUUAAGCAGUUCUUGGGAUCAAGACUAGCAAAGUCUCCUGCACCCUCAGCCUGGUUCUUGUUUUGAUUUUCCCUUUAGGAGAAAUUUAGGAGGCCAAGAUGUGACUCAAUAGUGGCGCACUUGUCUUGCCUGCACCAGGCUCUGGGUUUGAGUCUCAAAACUCCCCUCCCCCCAAAAAAAAUGCUUCCUGGUAUAGGGCUGGCUGAUCCUAAGGAGCAUCUCACUCAGGGCUCCCUCAGCCAACCAGCUAAACUGCUUCUGUAGGCCUUUUCUGGAAUAGGCCCUGAACCCAUCCAUCUCCCCCACCACAGACUUAGUUCAGCUCCAUCCUCCUGGAUGAGGACAUGGGUCUAUACACAAGGCUGGACAUAGAGGCCUGGCCUGCCACCCUCUGGGCACACCUGGUUCUCCUUGCCCACUCUGCCCUGCCCAGCACCACAUCUAAGCUCCCCUUAAGAGGAUCUGCCCUAAUCCUCUUCCAUUCAUCCCUCUGGGAGGAUGAGUGGGUGUUAAGACCAGUGCAGCUGUUAAUCCUAUUUUUUCCCAACUAUGAUCCUGGGAGCAGCUGUGUGGAUGUUGUCUGGGCUCUUGGCCAGAAAGUAGGGACUCAGCAAGAGCUAGUAUCCCAGGAGGCCUCGCUAGCUCAGACACAUCAGCUGUGACUGCCAACAGUAGGUCAGGCUGCCUUGAGAGUGAGCUCCCAUUUCUAGAGUUUUGGAGUAGGGACUAAAAGGGAUUCCAGAUCAGAGGAUGGACCAAAAUUCCUGACUGGGGUGGAGUCCCUGAAAGCCAAGCAUGGUCAAAAUUCUUUGAAUGCUUGCUUCUCCAGGAGCUGACCAACCAGGGGGAGGGUAACGCACAUCUGAGACCCAUUACCUCCAAACAUCGACUCCUCUCUCUGGACCCAAGUCCUUCUUCCUGAGCACUUGGAGACCUUAAAGUCUUGGUUGGAACUGAGAAAGGACGAUUAGAAGGCCCACUCACCAAAGUCAUGGAAGAGGAGGCUACAGAGGCCAAGUCCCCAGGCCCCUGCUACAAGCGCUCUGGACGCCGUUUUAAGUGCCUGUUCUGUACAAAGACAUUUCCGAAUGCUCCCAGGGCAGCGCGCCAUGCUGCUACACAUACACCCACAGACUGCACAGAGGAGGUGAAUGAGGUCCAGCCAAAGGUGGAUGCAGAGCCCAAGGCCGAGGAAGCCAGUGGAGACAAGGUGUCUGGUUCAGUAGCCAAACCCCGGCCCUAUGCCUGCCCACUGUGUCCCAAGACCUACAAAACAGCUCCUGAGCUACGAAGCCAUGGGCGCAGCCACACUGGUGAGAAGCCCUUCCCGUGCCCAGAGUGUGGCCGCCGCUUCAUGCAGCCAGUGUGCCUGCGUGUGCACCUGGCCUCCCAUGCCGGUGAGCUGCCCUUCCGAUGUGCGCACUGCCCCAAGGCUUAUGGUACACUCUCUAAACUCAAGAUCCACCAGCGUGGGCACACAGGUGAGCGGCCCUAUGCCUGUACCGACUGCGGCAAGAGCUUCGCUGACCCUUCAGUGUUCCGCAAGCAUCGGCGCACCCAUGCAGGCCUGCGACCCUACAGCUGCGAGCGCUGCGGCAAGGCCUACGCUGAGCUCAAGGACUUACGUAACCAUGAGCGGUCCCACACGGGUGAGCGCCCCUUCCUCUGCUCUGAGUGCGGGAAAAGUUUCUCCCGAUCCUCUUCCCUCACAUGCCACCAGCGUAUCCAUGCGGCCCAGAAACCCUAUCGCUGUCCGGCUUGUGGUAAAGGCUUCACGCAGCUCAGCUCCUACCAAAGCCAUGAGCGCACGCAUUCUGGCGAGAAGCCCUUCCUAUGCCCUCGCUGUGGCCGCAUGUUCUCUGAUCCCUCGAGUUUCCGCCGCCACCAGCGGGCGCAUGAGGGCGUGAAGCCUUACCGCUGUGAGAAGUGCGGCAAGGACUUCCGGCAGCCUGCUGACCUGGCCAUGCAUCGGCGAGUGCACACUGGCGACCGCCCCUUCAAGUGCCUGCAGUGCGACAAGACUUUCGUGGCUUCCUGGGACCUCAAGCGGCAUGCAUUGGUGCACUCAGGACAGCGGCCAUUCCGCUGUGAGGAGUGUGGGCGAGCCUUUGCUGAGCGAGCUAGCCUUACCAAGCACAGCCGCAUGCACUCCGGCGAGCGUCCUUUCCACUGCAAUGCCUGCGGGAAAUCCUUUGUGGUGUUAUCCAGCCUCAGGAAGCAUGAACGUACCCAUAGAAGCAAUGAGGCUACAGGAGCUGCCCCCCAGCAGGAGCUGGUACUGGGACUGGCGCUGCCUGUAGGUGUCGUGGGUGAGGGCUCAGCCGCCCCCGUGGCAGGCGCAGGGCUAGGGGACCCUCCAGCCGGGCUGCUAGGGCUACCUGCAGAGUCUGGGGGUGUAGUAGCCACACAGUGGCAAGUGGUGGGCAUGACUGUGGAGCACGUGGAGUGCCAGGAUGCUGGCGUCGGGGAAGCUCCUGGUACCCUAGGAGAUGCAGGGGAGGUGGGGGGUGAGGAACCCGAUGAGAAGCCUCCACAGUUUGUGUGUCGCGAGUGUAAAGAAACUUUCUCCACACUGACGUUGCUACGCAGGCACGAGCGCACACACCCGGAGCUCCGGCCCUUUCCCUGCACCCAGUGUGGUAAGAGCUUCUCAGACAGGGCUGGGCUUCGCAAACAUAGCCGCACCCACAGUUCUGUACGCCCCUACUCUUGUCCCCAGUGUCCUAAAGCUUUCUUGAGUGCCAGUGACCUGCGCAAACAUGAACGCACUCACCCUGCGCCCAUUGGAACCCCCAUACCCCUGGAGCCUCUUGUGGCUUUGCUAGGAAUGCCAGAAGAAGGGUCAGCUUGAAGCUGGUAGCUCUCUCUGCCACACUCCCAGAUGCCCGUUCCCAGUUUUCACAUCCCUGCCACUGAGCAACUGGCUCAGCUCUCAGUCCACUAAGAGCAGGGGACAGUGGAGGCCGGCAGCGCUUGUGAGAGACACUCAUUAAAGCAUUGGCUUUGACAGCAAGCCGUCUUCUGUAUUCUGGCUGAGUUAAACUUCAGUGGAGGUUCCGGAUUAAUAGAAAUUAUAAGGGUCUUGGUGGUGGUUUCUUUUGUGACAGGCUCUCACGACUUAGCCUGAUCCAGAAUUCACUGUAUAGCCCAGGCUCCCCUUGAACUCAACCAAUUCCCCUGCCUCAGCCUCCCAAAUACGAGGAUUCCAGGUGUUUACCACCACAAAUGGUUCCUAGAAGGGUCUUGCAAUUAAUUCAUUGUUUGCCAAAGUAUAUUUUGGGUUUCUUGUGAAAGAGCUUUCAGUGGUCAAUCAGGACAGGAGUGUGUCUAUGCCUCUUGAGAAUUCUUGCUGAUUAAAAGGUGUAUUGAAGUCCUGCAAUGAAAAACCUGUGUAGCUUUGCUUAGCCUACACUCAGGAUAUAAUGAAACCUUUACUGAGUGCUUCUAUCUGCUUAAGAUAGUAAGCCGGGCUUAAGCAAUUGGCUGGAGGAAUGGCUCCACUGCUAAAGGCUAAGGCUCACAGUAAAAAAGUACCCAGCAUGUCUCUCCAGCUACCUUUAAAAAAAUUCUUCCCUGGGUGUGAGACAGCUAAAAAAAGAUGAUCUUUUCUGUUUGUCACAGUAGCACAUUAGGAGACAUGGUUGGAGGAGAAAAAGAUCCCUCUUCACAUCAAAACCCAUGAACUACAAAGGAAUAAACCUCGUUUUAAAAGUGCUGGCUGGGCAUGGUGGUGCGCAUCUUUAAUCCCAGCACUCAGGAGGCAGAGUCAGGCGGGUCUCUGAGACCAGCCUGGUCUGCAUAGUGUGUUUCAGGAUAGCCAGGAGCUGAUAGGUAAGGGGAUCGCUGUGAGUUCAAGGCAAUCUUGGUGUCCAUCAGGAGUUGUAGGACACAGGGUUUUAUCUUGGUGGAGGAGCACUUGCCUUCUAUGUGUGAGGUCCUGGGUUCUAUCCACAGCAUUAGGAGGAAGAAGUUGACUUUCCCAGUUUAAUCUUUAAAUUCACUGCCUAUGCAGCUAUGGCUAGCAUUAAAUUCACAGUGCAGCCCAAGAUGCCCUGAAACUGGUACUCUGCCUUAGCUUCCCAAGCGUAUGCCAUCACACCUGACUGUCUUUUGUUUGUAGGGGAAACAAAACCUAAGGGUUUCCCUAACCUGUGUGGUGCUAGCUGGUUGUCAGCGCAGUGAAACCAAACUUGGGAGCAGAUUAGUUUGUCAUCUCCCCAGAUUAGUGAGAUUUGUAUCAAACCUGGGGCUCUUUGCUGUCCAGACUCUGACCGGCCUGUGAAGUUCACAGCAAUCUUCCCAGGGCUGUGACCAUCAGUGUUUUCAGUAUGGUCAUAUGUCACUACAGCUAGAAAAUGAAGAUAACUUGGGCAUGUGGCUUGCUACCAGCCUGAUGUUUGCCUGUUUGGCAUUAUUGAUGGUUUUGGAAGCAUCCAGCAGCACAUUAGCUGUGCCAUUAUGGUGUACAGAAAGAGCCCAAAGGACUUUUCAGUCCCCAGUCUGAAAAUCCAAAGCUCAUGUGGAACAUGAUUAGCACUCGCUCUACCACUGAGCUACACCUCCAGCCCAUGAUAAUUUAAAACAAACAAACAAACAAAAAAAAAAAAACAGAGGUGAUAGUUUGAUGCUAAAAACCAAAGUAUUAGAAUAGAAAAUAUGUGAUUGGUACAAAAAUAAAAGUCAGCCAGUAGAGUGAGAAGAUCCGGAAGCAGCCUGAGUGUGUCUGUGAACUCACUGCAGUGCUGAUGUCCAGCCCUCUGUCGUCUUUAUUUUGAGACAAAGUUGACUAGACUUCCGCCUGCUGAGCAGCUGGGACAGACUUGUACCACCAAGCCCAACACAUUUAUCAUUCAUUCCUUUGGUCUUUUUGUUUGGUUGGUUGGUUUGGUUUGUUUUGUUUUUUUUUUUUUUUGACAGUCUUGCUGUGUAGCCCAGGGUGGCCCUUGAGUGUUUUCACUCAGCAUCUGAAGUGCUGGGAUGACUGACAGUUUCUGUGAGUUUUUUAAUGACAGAUGUGAUGUUCAUAUCACUGGGGAAGAGAUAGAGUAGUCCAUAGCUUCCCUGAAAAAUGUCUGGAUGAGGCCACGGAUUUCAUCUCCAUCAUCACGUGAGCAUACUUGCAUGCAUGAACACACACACAGGGAAGAUACCCAGGACAUGGGUUGUUCAGGUGUCGCCCAUAUGCCUGUAAUCCCAGCACAGGGAAGGUGGGAGCAGGUGAUCAGGAUUUGAAGGCCAGCCGUGGCUACAUGGCAGAUUCGGAGGGGUCUCAAGUGAAAUGAGACUGUGUUUCAAAUCAAAACAAUAAUUUAAAACAAAAAGCCUGUUACGCAGAGAAACCCUGUCUCAAAAAACAAAACCCAAAAAAAGAAAAAACCAGGGUGAGGCUAAAAUUUGCAGACAGAAUUUUAGAGCAUAGAAGGACAGAAGUCAUUAGCAUGCUCUCCUUAGGGUCAGGUUACAUACGUCCUCAGAUUCUCAUGGAAUGCAUCUUUUAAAAAACUUUAUAGUUAGACAGGCAGUGGUGGCAUACACUUUUAAUCCUAGCACUUGGGAAACAGGCUGGCAUGAUGUCUGAGUUCGAGGCCAGCCUGGUCUACAGAAUGAGUUCCAGGACAACCAGGGCUACACAGAGGAACACUGUCUCUAACCCCCCCCACCAAAAAAAAUUACAUUUAUACUUAUCUUGUGUGUGUGCACAUGUGUGUGUGGGCCCGUGUACCAUGGUGCACACAUGGAGUCAGAGGACAGCUUGGGAGUCAGUGUUCCACCAUUUGGGACCUAGGGAUGGCAGCAAGCUCCUUUACCUGCUGAGCCACUCUGCCCACCUAGCAGGCUGCUGAAGAAGAUUCUAGGUCAUACAUUAUAGCGCCCCCUUUCCAUUGUAGCUGUAGCCCUAAGUGAGCCAGAACUCCCUUCCUUAGCUCUUCCUUUUCUUUUCCUCCUCUUUGAGACAGAAUCUUGCUAUACAGCCCCCUCCUCUCUCAUCUCCCUGUUAGCCCAGACUAGCCUUGAACUUGAGGUGAUUCUCUUGCCUCAGCGUCCUAAGGGCGGAGACUACAGCCGUGUCCCAUCAGACUGGAAUUCUGUGCUCUUGUAAGAGCUGAGAACCACCACAUUGGCAGUGUUGGGAAGCUCACCUGCAAGCUCACGUGCUAGUCAUGGGGGACAUUACAGCCAGCAGCCAUAGUUCAGGAAUGGUAAACCAGGUAGUGAGCCCCAGGAGACAGUCUUAAUGGCAAAGAGAGCAGAAAGUAGUGUUUAGAGGGAAAUCUUCUGGGUUCAUGAAGAUGGCCCAACCAAUAAAAUGUAUUUGCCACCAAGUUUGACAACCCAAGUUCUAUAGCCAAGAACCGCAUGUGGAAGGGGAGAACUGGUUCUUAGAUGUCCUCUGACCUCCCACAAGGAACGUGGUACAUGCACACACACACACACACAGAGUCUAAAAUGGGGGGGGGUCUUUAGAGUUGAGAGUGUAGUUCCGUGGUAGAGCAUUUACUUAGCUCUUAAUAAGGACUUUGGUAUAAUAAAAAUAAGUUCUCUGGGGGGAGGGGAGGGCAUGGGUCUUUAACACUAGUCCUAGUGGACGCUGAGAUGGCUCAUCUCGUAAAGCCACCAAGGCUGCUGACCUGAGUUUGAUCACUGGAACCUACAUUGUCGAAGCAGAGAAUUCACUACAGAAAGUCCCCCUCUUGACCUGCCGUGCCCUCUUGACACAAAUGCACACAAACACACACAGAGACACACAAUUAAAACAGUCAGAAAGUUCAUAAUUUACUUACAAACUUUCUGUUUUUAAUUUUUAAUCAUGUUUAUAUGUGGGUUAUAUGCAUGUCAGUGCAGGUGUUCAUAGAGGGUGUCGGGUCCCCUGGAGCUGGAAUUACAAGCAAUUGUGAGCCACCCGAUGUGGCAGCAAGUUCUUAACAGCGGAGCCAUUCCUCCAGCUGCCGUAAAUGUAUUUUUACAAGCUAUGUAUGUUUUUAUAGCUAGAAACCCUUAGACUUAAGAUACUUGGCUUGUUUUGAGUUCAUUUCUGUAAAUGGUUUAAAGCAGGUGGUUCAACUUCAUUUUUUGCCUAUGGAUUUUCAGCUUCAAAAGCAUCUGUUAAAAAGACCAUUCUUUGUCUAUUGAAUUGUCUUGGCUUUCUUAAAAAAAUAAAUAAAAUACCUGUAAAUAUGA